AUUUCCACACGGAGAGGUCUCCCUGUGUGAGGUUGUGGUGCAGGAAGGACGUAGAUUGAUUCUAAGCAUUAAACUGCAGAUUCUUGAUCCUUAGGAUUGAAUUCUCAAGACUGAUCUUGUCUGAGGAAGAAGCCUGGAAGAGGAGGAAGAGGAAAGGAAGGAGUCUGGAAUGGCUGUUUAUCAGGGAUGGUUGACCUUCAGGGAUGUGGCCAUAGAAUUCUCUCAGGAGGAGUGGGAGUGCCUGGACCCUGCUCAGAGGGCCUUGUACAGGGACGUGAUGGUGGAGAACUACAGGAACCUGGUCUUCCUGGCCAUCUCUUCCAAAUGUAUGAUCAAGGAAUUACCACCCAAAGAGAACAGUAAUACAGGGGAAGUAUUGCAGACGGUUAUAUUGGAAAGACAUAAAAGCCGUGACACCGAAGAUUAUGCCUUUAGAGCAAUCCAGAAAAAUAUUCGUGACUUUGAGUGUCAGUGGGGAGACGGUGAAAGAAAUUACAAAGCAGUGCUUGUGACCCUUAACAAAAAUCUCAAUGGUGGAAGAGAUCAAUAUGGUGGAAGAGAUGCAGGAAAUAAACCAAUUGAAAACAGGUUUGGACUAAGCUUUCAGUCACGUCUGGCUGGAGUGCAGAUACUUCAUACUGAAGGGAAAAUUUACCAAUAUCACCAAGCUGAGAAGUCUGUCAACGAUGGGUCUUCAGUUUCACCACAUCCCAGAAUUCUUCCUAGUGUCCACACCAACAUUUCUAACAAACGUGGGAAUGAUUUCUUGCGUUCUUCAUUACUCACACAAGACCAGAAAGCACACCUUAGGGAGGAACCUUACAAACGUGAUGAGUGUGACAAAGCAGUUAAUCCCAGUUUACACCUCACUAGACAUCAGAUAAUCCAUCCAGGAGAGAAACCAUAUAAAUGUGAUGUAUGUGGGAAGGUCUUCAGUCACAACUCACACCUUGCAUGUCAUCGAAGAAUUCACACUGGAGAGAAACCUUACAAAUGCGUUGAGUGUGGCAAGGUGUUCAGUCGCAAUUCACACCUUGUACGUCAUCACAGGAUUCACACUGGGGAGAAACCUUACCACUGCAAUGAGUGUGGCAAAGCCUUUAGUGAGUGUUCAAGUCUUACUAACCAUCAGGUAAUCCACACUGGGGAGAAACCUUACAAGUGCAAUGAAUGUUGCAAGGUCUUCAGUCAGAGUUCAGGCCUUGCAAGCCAUCGAAGAAUUCAUACUGGAGAGAAACCUUACAAAUGUAGUGAGUGUGGCAAAGCCUUUACGUAUAGCUCACAACUCACUAACCACCAGGUAAUCCAUACUGGUGUGAAGCCUUACAAAUGUACUGAGUGUGGCAAAGCCUUUAAUCAGAGCUCACAUCUCACUAGACAUCAAAUAAUCCACACAGGAGAGAAACAUUACAAGUGUGACGAAUGUGGGAAAGUCUUCAGUUACGAUUCACACCUUGCACGUCAUCGCAGGAUUCAUUCUGGAGAGAAGCCUUACCAGUGUAACGAGUGUGGCAGAGCCUUUAGUAUGUAUUCAAGCCUUACUUACCAUCAGGUAAUCCACACUAGAGAGAAACCUUACAAAUGUAAUGAAUGUGGCAAGGUCUUCAGUCAGAGUUCGAGCCUUCCUAGUCAUCGGAGAAUUCAUACUGGAGAGAAACCAUACAAAUGUAAUCAGUGUGGCAGAUCUUUUAUUCAACGCUCAAACCUCACUAGACAUCAGAUGAUUCAUACAGGAGAGAAACCAUAUAAAUGUAAUGUAUGUGGGAAGGUCUUCAGUCAAAAUUCGAGCCUUGCAAGUCAUCAGAGAAUUCAUACUGGGAGUAACAAACGUAAUGAGUGUGAUAAAGCCUUUAUUGUAAGUUCAAGCAUGAAUUGGCAUUAGAGAGUCCACCCUAAAGAGAAAUCAUAUAAAUGUAACGUAUGUGGCAGGGGACUUACACAGGCUUCACAACUCACUGGGCAUCAGGAUAUACAUCUUUGAUGAAACCACAUUAAUGUAAUGUGCGUGCUAAGGCUUUUGCCCGUGGAUCAAAACUGCAGAACAUCACAGGACUCAUACUGGAGAGCAGCCUUGCAAGUUUAAUGAAUCUGAAGGCUUCCUGUCAAACAUUCAUGCCUUUGAUG